CAGCCUCUCACGUCUCAGUCUAACAGACCACGAAAACAUCCUUCCACGACUCUCUCAUACGACACUGCCAGGUUUCAUCAGUAUAUCAAUCCCACAGCCAUAACCGCCAGACCUCCGUGAGUGUCAACUGUUCCAGGUUUCCAAGCCCUGUCACUGCAAACAUUCCAUUCGUCUCUUACGCAAAUGUCAAAGAUCCGUGGAACCUUCUGGACCCAGUCACACACACAGUGUAGUCAAUGGCCUCUGCGCUUCCUCCAGCGACACACAACAACAGUCUGUCAUGGUCUGGUCCGGAUCGACAACCCUGGAGGCACUCUGACGCUGGUAGUGCGCCGCGGAACGCAGGCGGUGGAAAUAGAGGGAGGUCGGGUGGACGAGGUGGAAGAGGUGGACGUGGCGGAAGGGGCGGCGGCAGUGGCAGAGGAGGCGCACCCUCCAAUGCUACUACGAGAGGUCCAGACGAUGCGCCAAAAGCGCACACGGAUCAGCCAAAGGGCAAGCCGGCCCCGGAUAUUCCAAAGAUCGUCGAGCCACCGAUAUCCGCUUCCGCUGGUCCAAUUGCCGCAGCUGCGAGCAAAGCGUCAGGCAGGUCAAAGCCCACGAGGAAGGCAUCCGAAACCAAGAACUCUCGCAAACCUGGACCCACUCCUGACACGUCUGCACUCACUCCCAAUCCAUCACCUACGACAGCUCGCCCCUCUAGACGAAGGCGCUCUCAGAAGGUCCUGCCUGCUCUGAACACGAAGUCAUCUCUUUCUUCCGACUCGAGUGUCCUCACCGUGCAAUCCGCUCCAGAGAGAGGCGCAACCACGAGCAAGGAUAUGCCUCCACAUCUCAUGACUCCCUUGGACGUGCACACCUUCGAUGUCAAAUCGGACAUCGACGCUCUAGUCGACCGCAUGAGGUCCGUGGCGAUGGACAGACCACAUACGCCGGGGAGCCACAGUCACUUCGACUGGGCGAGUGACGACGACGACACUCUUCCUGAGCUGCCCGACUGGGGUAAGACGGAAGCCAAGGCGGACGUCAAGCCCUCCGUCAUUUCUCCCAUCCUGGAGGACGCGCUCAGGCCCCUACCGAACAUUGAGAUCGGUUCACCGUUCACGAUGCCACUAGCCGGUCCGGAUUCUGCGGCGGCUUCGCCUGCGAAAGCUCGGGUAGAGGUCAAAGAUGAGAGCAAAGAGUCUCAAGUGGCGUCACACAACGCGGAGGCACCCACGAAGCUUCCCCUUCACCCAUCGCUACCACCGAAACCGGUCACGACUUUGGAGCCAGCGCCUACGAAACGACAUCCGCGAAUCCCUGAACCGGGGCAUAAGCGAGGGAAGUCUAGCACAGGUUCAAUGGAGCACAAGACCGAGAAUGGUCUCGCGGACUCGAUACAUGCCUCCAUCCCCAAGAGUGGCCUUACGGAGUCGAUACACGCCCCCAGGGCGGUCUCGCAGAGUCUAUACACGCUCCAAAGAGCGGCCUCGCGGAGUCUAUACAUGCUCCCAAGUCGACGGCGUCGCCAGAGAAGGAACCUCUCCGAAGACCAUGCUCCAGAGCUUGGUCUGGCAGCGUCCAUGCAUGCCCCCGCGGAGACCACCCAGUCCGCACCAAGUCACACCUCCAGCCAUCCCAUCCCGGAUGCCCCGCCGCACCUCCGUUCUAGAGGUCCGACGCGGGGACACCGCCAGCCCUACAGUGCUUCCGUUACUAGCUUCCAACAUCCCGACCUGGAUCGCGCACGCACGGACAGCACGCACCACACGCGCACCCAGUCUUCCCCGCCGACCAGCAAUGGCAUUGGCCACGCACAUAGUCGCUCGGUACACGCGCGCCCGGUCAUCACAGGUGACGCGCUCUCGAGGCUUGCAAGGACGCUGGGAGGGCCUGCGUCUCGACGCGAGACCGCGGUUCCGGUUCCCGCUGCUGCGAAAGACUGAAGUGUUCGGGAUCUAACGUGUCAAUUGCUUGUGCUACAGUCUAUCUCCCGCUCAUCUGCCACGAUUUGCUUGUAUCUAAGCCCUAUUUCUGGGUUCCCUGUUGGACAUUAUCGUUGUGGUUGGUCAUGGUCCCUAUACCCACCCAAAUGGGUCUGCUUCGUACAGUUCCUUUUAAUCCCCCUGGAAAUUGAUUAAUGUACUUCUAUACUACACGAUGCUGGAUAUGAUGAUGCAAA